GAGUAGGAGGCAGAUUUUGCAGCCUCCCACCUCUGAAGGGCCAGUCUCACCUGGGCUGGCCUCUGGGUUGGCCCUUGCCAACAGGACACAGUGGGCCAAGGGCAGGCUGGGAGGCGUCUGGAAGGAGGAUGGCAAGAUUGCUUUUAUAGCAUUCAACAACACCCUGUGUGCGUGCUGAGCCUCAGCCUUCAUGGCCUCAUUGAGGCUGGGCCACAAUGGAGGGGCUUCCUCUGCAGGCAGGGCUUCUGCAGGCUCUCCCUCUACCCCAAGAGUCACAGCCUGGCCGGACUCAGACCCCUCUAGAUACUGGUAGCUUUGGGUGCUUGUAGAAAAUGAUAUAUUAUGCCAUAGAGAAGUUGGCAUCUUAGAUCUGAUUGCAUUUUGGAUUUUCCUUGUGUUAGGAAACAUAAAACAUCCUAUUUAAGCCCAGGGAGAGCUGUGUGAGAAGGCUGCUCUCUUUGCACUUGUGGGGCAGCCUGAGGCUCCUAUGAGGGUAUGAAUUCAUCUUCAGGAGAGAGUGUCUGCCCCCUUCCCUCAGCAUCAUCAAGAGCACUUACAGCUCAUGGCCACGGGAGAGAGGGAAGACACAACCCUGCCUUGCUGAAGCUCAGUGACAGCAGAGGCAGAGGGGAGGGAUGGUGGUAGGGUGUGGGUGCUUGGAGAGGGGCUGCCAACAGCCCAGCACACAGGGCUGUCUCCACACUCCACCUCUGACCUUUGUUCCUUCCUGAACUGCAGGCCAGGUGCCAUUGGGCCCUGUUCUGCAACCAGGGACAAAUUCUGUUACUGCAGAAAGCCCUCUGGGUCAAGAGUUCUAAGCUGCCACUCUCAGGAAGUAUGGGGUGAGCUCCUGGAGGCCCCUCUUCUACCUUUUUUACCCCUAAAGAGCCACUGCCUGCAGUGGCGCUUGAAGACAGUGGCUCUGUUGCCAUCUGCUUGGUUCCUUUGGCAUCUUAAAGUUGUCACAUCUAUCCUGAAGCUAUCCCACUCAGACCCUGCCCUGCCCUCCCCUGGGUCCACCCAGCACCCCGUGUCUGCACACAGCGGAGACGCUACCUCGGAAGUUAUUCAAUGUAAUUAGCAAACGUCAUCCACAACCAGGAAUUCUCUACACUGUGCUUUUCUCAGGUUCUGCUUUCAUCCUCUUCCCAUUGAGCUUCCUAUUUUCAUGGCUCUAGGUGAGCUGGAGGUAGCGGGCCUCUUGAACUGUGUGCGCUUAGCGGGGGCAUAGUGGGCAAGAGACCCUGAGAGGCUGGGGGCUGAUUGUUUGAGACCAAGCAGUGCUUUCUGGGAGAUUGGGCAGAAGUAGGGUCCAGUCCACAGACUGUGGGGAACAUGCAGUGUGCCUUCCUACUGCCUUCCUACAAGGGAAUUACAGUGACACUCAGAACCCUGUGCUGGAAAUACUUCCUCAGUGGUGGGGCAUCACUGUUGUCCAUGGAGAGGUGCUGGUUGGUUUGUGCCUGUGGAGAGCUGCCGAGGAGGUGGGGGUCUGGCCUUCCCACUGGUCUUGUUUCUGUCAUUAUUUAUACCUUAGCAAUGGAAAGCUCUGUCAUCUUUGUCAUUGGAAUGUGUCAUGUAAGCAAGCAGCAAAUGACCGACUGGGUAAACGUAGAGAAGGCAGGCAGAGCAUGGGGUAGCUGCAAAGGUUGGAGCACUCAACUGUGGAAGAGCAUUUAAACCAAAUGCCCUGAUUCGGAUACUAUGGCUUCCAAUCAUUUCAAAAGUGGGGUGUAGCUUCAGGGAACUUAUUGAAGUGACUGGGCCAGAACUAGUUUGUCUCCUGUGCAGAGGCUUCCUGAAAGGCUCUUGCCUCUGGGAUGUACCACUAGGCCCUGCUACUUGGAAAGGAGAUUGUAGGUAGAAUUGGGGAUGCAUAAGCUGGGGUCAUCAACAAAGAGCAUUCUUUGUGGAAUUUACUUCCUUUCUCAGACUUAUGCUUGUGGAUUGGUUAAAAUUAAGUGUUACUGGCGAUGGUGACCUGCGGUGCCUGAGUUACCACCUCAACUCAUAAAUCAGCAUUCUCACGAAGUCACUUUAGUUUUUAAAAAGGCAACUUAAAAUACUUUCUGAAGAAAACAGCUUAUGGGAAACUUUCCAUAAGAAAAUAAAAAAUGAUGGGCAUGUUUGUGGGGCUUGAGGUGGUGAAUAGUAAAAGGGAUAUUGUUCUGGAAAGUAGUGGACAAGGUGGACAUGUGAUCUGCUUAGUCCUUGUUUGACAGACAUCACCACCUUUUUAGGGUCAAGCCCCAGCCAGGGAGCCAGCUGAGUGACCUGAAGAGAGGCUCCUUAGAUAUGCCAAGUGGGAAGCAAGGGAAACACCCCUCAGAGGAGAGUUUCAGAGACCCACGUCUCCUUUCCUGCUUGCAGCUUGCAUCCUGUGAUCUAGAACACCCUGCAAUAUCUUGGCCCUGAACAGGGUUUCCACCCAAAGCCCAUGCUUUCAAGGAGGGUUCUGAGGCUCUUGAUGGACCCCAAAUUUCCCCUCAGCAGGAGGGUGAGGUGAAGGAAGACGGCGAACUUUUGGCUCCUGGAGUUGGGGUAUCUUUUCUCCCUAAACCCCUGCCGCUUUUAAAAAAGAAACAGCACAUGCAUUUCUGUUGAACGUUGACAGGGUAUUUUAUAAUGGGUGAGAUAGGUGGAGGAUUUGCUUGUUAUGAGGAGGCUGAGACGGGAUGGCCGCGCUGUUCCAUCGUGUCUUGUUAGUGCUCUGUGUUGAUGCCUUUAGAUGCCUCCAGCUCAGUCCAUGUCGUGGUUCAAGGCGGGUUCGCUCCUCGAAGCGCCAUGGCAUGAAAUGGAGGUGCCUAGAAGCAAGAAGAAAGAGAAGCAGGGUCCUGAGCGGAAGAGGAUUAAGAAGGAGCCUGUCACCCGGAAGGCCGGGCUGCUGUUUGGCAUGGGGCUGUCUGGGAUCCGAGCUGGCUACCCCCUCUCUGAGCGCCAGCAGGUGGCUCUCCUCAUGCAGAUGACAGCCGAAGAGUCUGCAAACAGCCCAGUAGAUACAACACCAAAGCAUCCCUCCCAGUCGACAGUGUGUCAGAAGGGGACGCCUAACUCUGCCUCAAAAACCAAAGAUAAAGUGAACAAGAGAAACGAGCGUGGGGAGACCCGCCUGCAUCGAGCUGCCAUCCGGGGAGAUGCCCGGCGCAUCAAGGAGCUUAUCAGUGAGGGGGCGGAUGUCAAUGUCAAGGACUUCGCAGGCUGGACAGCGCUGCACGAGGCAUGUAACCGGGGCUACUACGAUGUUGCCAAGCAGCUGCUGGCUGCAGGUGCAGAGGUGAACACCAAGGGCCUGGACGAUGACACACCCCUGCAUGAUGCCGCCAACAAUGGGCACUACAAGGUGGUGAAGCUGCUGCUGCGGUACGGAGGAAAUCCUCAGCAAAGCAACCGAAAGGGCGAGACGCCGCUAAAGGUGGCCAACUCCCCGACCAUGGUGAACCUCCUGUUGGGCAAGGGCACCUACACAUCCAGUGAGGAGAGCUCGACUGAGAGCUCGGAGGAGGAAGACGCCCCAUCAUUUGCACCUUCUAGUUCAGUUGAUGGAAAUAACACGGACUCUGAGUUUGAAAAAGGCCUAAAGCACAAGGCUAAGAAUCCAGAGCCCCAGAAAACUGUGACCCCUGUCAAGGACGAGUAUGAGUUCGAUGAGGAUGAUGAGCAGGACAGAGUCCCUCCAGUGGAUGAUAAACACUUACUGAAAAAGGAUUACAGAAAAGAGACUAAAUCAAAUAGUUUUAUUUCUAUACCCAAAAUGGAAGUGAAAAGUUACACUAAAAAUAACACGAUUGCACCAAAGAAAGCAGCUCAUCGCAUUUUGUCAGACACAUCAGAUGAGGAGGACAUCGGAGUCACUGUGGGGACAGGAGAGAAGCUGAGACUCUCGGCACACACAAUUUUGCCCAGUAACAAAACACGGGAGCCUUCUAAUUCCAAGCAGCAGAAGGAAAAAAAUAAAGUGAAAAAGAAGCGAAAGAAAGAAACAAAAGGCAAAGAAGUGCGGUUUGGGAAAAGAAGUGACAAGUUCUGUUCCUCUGAGUCAGAGAGUGAGUCCUCGGAGAGCGGUGAGGACGACAGGGACUCAGUGGGGAGCUCUGGCUGCCUCAAGGAGUCCCCGCUGGUGCUGAAGGACCCAUCCCUGUUCAGCUCCCUGUCUGCUUCCUCCACCUCGUCUCAUGGGAGCUCUGCCACCCAGAAGCAUAACCCCAGCCACACAGACCAGCAUGCCAAGCACUGGCGGACAGACAAUUGGAAAACCAUUUCUUCUCCUGCCUGGUCAGAGGUCAGCUCCUUAUCAGACUCUACAAGAACGAGACUGACCAGUGAGUCUGACUGCUCCUCGGAGGGCUCUAGUGUGGAGUCACUGAAGCCAGUGAGGAAGAGGCAGGAGCAUAGGAAGCGAGGCAGCCUGCAGAGCGUGCCGUCGGAGAAGAGGAGCUCCUUCCACCCCAGCGUGGACGGCGCCAUCCCCAAGCUAGACAAGGAGGGGAAAGUGGUCAAGAAACAUAAAACGAAACACAAACACAAAAACAAGGAGAAAGGACUGUGUGCAGUCAGUCAAGAGCUCAAAUUGAAAAGUUUCACUUAUGAAUACGAAGACUCCAAGCAAAGGUCAGACAAAGCUAUACUUUUAGACAAUGACAUUGCCACUGACAACAAGUUAAAAGUAUUAAAGCACGAUAGAGACCACUUUAAGAAAGAGGAGAAGCUUAGCAAAUUGAAAGCAGAAGAAAAAGAAUGGCUCUUCAAAGAUGACAUCAUAAAGGUCUCCAAAGAUGAAAAGUCACUCAAGAGAAUCAAAGACACAAACAAAGACAUUAGCAGGUCUUUCCGAGAAGAGAAAGAGCGUUCAAAUAAGGCAGAAAAGGAGAAAUUAGUGAAGGAAAAGUCUCCAAAAGAGGAAAAACUGAGACUAUACAAAGAGGAAAGAAAGAAAAAGUCGAAGGACAGGCCCUCAAAAUUAGAGAAAAAGAAUGAUUUCAAAGAAGACAAAAUUUCAAAAGAGAAGGAAAAGACUUUCAAAGAAGAUAAAGAAAAACCCAAAAAAGAAAAACUUUACAGGGAAGAUUCUGCUUUUGAUGAGUAUUGUAACAAAAGUCAGUUUCUUGAGAAUGAAGACACCAAAUUUAGCCUUUCCGAUGAUCAGCAGGAUCGGUGGUUUUCUGACUUGUCUGAUUCAUCCUUUGAUUUCAAAGGGGAAGACAGUUGGGAUUCUCCAGUGACAGACUAUAGGGACAUUAAAAAUGAUUCUGUGGCCAGACUAAUCUUGGAAACAGUGAAAGAGGACAAUAAGGAGAAGAAGCGGGAAAACAAAAGCCGGGAGAAGCGAGACUACAGUGAAAAACGGAGCGACAAAGAUGCUUUCUUUAGGAAGAAAGACAGGGACUAUCUGGAUAAAAACUCUGAGAAGAGAAAAGACCAAAUUGAAAAGCAUAAAAGUAUACCCAGCUACCUUUCAGAAAAGGACAAAAAGAGGAGAGAGUCUGCUGAAGGCGGGCGGGACAGAAAGGACAGGGAUCUAAGUGACAUCUGCAGGGACAGAAAGGACCCUCUGGAGAGCACCAAGGAGCGGAAGGACAGCAGGGUGAAGGCCGAGGAGACCUACAGGGAAGACCUGAAGGAGUACGGCUGUGACAGCAUAUUCAAGGACAGGGCCGAUUGUGACUUUGGGAAGCCGCUGGAGCCCUGGGAGAGGCACCAUCCAGUGAGAGAGAAGGAGAAGAAAGACAGCCUGGAGAAGGAGCGGAAGGAAAAGACAAAGUUAGAAAAGUACAAAGAGAAGUCCAGUGACAAAGAUAAAAGUGAAAAAUCGAGCCUUGAAAAGUGUCAGAAGGACAAAGAAUUUGAUAAAUUAAGUUUUAAAGAGAAAAAAGAUACUAAAGAAAAACAUAAAGACAUCCAUAGCAAAGACAAGGAACGAAAAACACCUCUGGACCAAAUUAAAGAAAAGAAGGAGAAGAGCUUCCCCGGAGUUGCCUCGGAAGACUUCUCUGAAAAGAAGGAUGAUAAACGGGGGAAAGAGAAGAGCUGGUACAUUGCAGACAUAUUCACAGAUGAGAGCGAGGAUGACAAGGACGACUACGCAACGAGCGGGUUCAGAGUUGGAGAGGCCGGCGAGGCGCAGAGGGUGGACGGCCCCCAGGAGAAAGACGAUGGGCGGGAGCCAUACCCUGUCGACAGGCACCGGAAGCACUCGGCCGACAGGCAGCAUGCGGAGAAGCAGAAGGAGAAGGAGCCCAAAGAAAAGAAAAAGGAGAAGGGAGCCGCAGAGGGGGCCAAAGACAAGAAGGACAGAGUCUCUGAAAAGCACAGGGAGAAGAAGGAUAAAGAGUCUACAGAGAAAUACAAGGACAGGAGAGACCGGACUUCAGUUGAUUCCACUCAGGAAAAGAAAAACAAACAGAAGCCCUCCGAGAAGGUGGAGAAGAAGCCCUGUGCUGAAGACAAGGCCAAGAGCAGGCACAGGGAGAGGCCGGACAAAGAGCACUGCAGGGAGAGGAAGGCGUCGAAAAGUGCUGAGGCGGAGAAGAGCCUGCUAGAAAAGUUGGAGGAAGAAGCUCUGCAUGAGUACAGGGAAGACUCCAACGACAAGAUCAGUGAGGUGUCCUCUGACAGCUUCACGGACCGAGGGCAGGACCCAGGCCUGAGUGCCCUCCUGGAGGUGUCUUUCACAGAGCCUCUGGAGGAGAGGGUCAAGGACAACUGUCCACAGGAGAAGCUGAAGGAGAAAGAAAGGCACAGGCACUCUUCGUCCUCAUCCAAGAAAAGUCACGAUCGAGAGAGAGGCAAGAAAGACAAGUCCGAGAAGAAAGAAAAGAGCGAUGACUACAAGGACCUUGGCAGCAGAAAGGACUCCAGCCAGUAUGAGAAGGAUUUCUUGGAUGCUGAUGCUUACAGUAUUUCUUACAGUACGAAAACUGACAUAGAAGAUGAAUUAGAUAAAACUAUUGAAUUGUUUUCUACCGAAAAGAAAGAUAAAAAUGAUUCUGAAAGAGAACCUUCCAAGAAAAUAGAAAAGGAACUAAAGCCUUAUGGAUCCAGUGCCAUCAACAUCCUAAAAGAGAGGAAGAGACGAGAUAAGCACCGAGAAAAGUGGAGAGACGAGAAGGAGAGACACAGGGACAAGCACGGCGACGGGCUCCUGAGACAUCACAAAGAUGAGCACAAGCCUGCAGUCAAAGAUAAGGACAGUCCUCCAAGUUCCUUCAAAGAUAAAUCCAAGGAUGAAAGCCUGAAACUCGGUGAGACCAAACUCAGAGAGAAAUUCAAGGAAAAUUUAGAGAAAGAAAAAGGUGACUCUGUAAAGAUCAGCAAUGGAAACGAUAAGUUACCACUGUCUAAAGACCCAGGCAAGAAGGAUGUCAGGCCCAGAGAGAAGCUUCUGGGAGAUGGCGAUCUGAUGAUGACCAGCUUCGAGAUAAUGCUCUCCCAGAAAGAUCUGGAGAUUGAAGAACGUCACAAACGGCACAAAGAAAGAAUGAAACAGAUGGAGAAGAUGAGGCACAGGUCUGGAGACCCUAAGCUCAAGGAGAGGAUGAAGCCAGGUGAGGACAUGAGGAAGAAGAGUCUGGAUGCUCUUCCAAAGAAGCCACUGGGGCUGGACCCUGCCCUUAAAGACAAAAAGCUCAAGGAGUCGGCUCCUGCUCCACCAGUUCCGGAGAAUAAGCCCCACCCGGGACCAGCUGUGGACGCCAGAGACUGGUUGGCAGGGCCUCAUAUGAAAGAGGUCUUGCCCGCUUCUCCCAGGCCUGACCAGAACCGGCCCACUGGGGUGCCCACCCCUGCAUCGGUGGUAUCCGGCCCCAGCUAUGAGGAAGCGAUGCACACGCCCAGGACCCCAUCCUGCAGCACUGACGACUAUCCUGACCUCAUAUUUGACUGCACAGACCCCCCACCGGUCUCCAGCACAGCUGCCAGCGCCUGCUCCCCACCCUUCUUUGAUAGAUUCCCUGUGGCAGCAAGUGGGAUUUCAGAAACCCAAAGCCAGACACCUACAAGGCCUCUGUGCACAAACCUUUAUCGUUCAGUCUCUGUCGAUAUCAGGAGGACUCCUGAAGAAGAAUUCAGCAUUGGGGACAAGCUUUUCAGACAGCAGAGUGUCCCUACUGCAUCUAGUUACGACUCACCAGGGCAGCACUUGGAGGACAAGGUCCCUGUGCCCCCAGGUCCCCCGGAGAAGUUUCCCUGCUUGUCUCCAGGGUACUAUUCCCCAGACUAUGGCAUACCCUCCCCCAAGGUGGACACUCUGCACUGCCCGCCCACAGCCGUGGUCACCAACACCCCAUCCCCAGAGGGUGCCUUCUCUGGUUUACAAGCAAAGUCCCCCAGUUCGCACAGAGAUGAGCUGUUGGCUCCAUCCAUGGAGGGGGCCCUUCCCCCUGACUUGGGCAUUCCCCUGGAUGCCACAGAGGACCAGCAGGCCACCGCUGCCAUCAUCCCCCCCGAGCCCAGCUACUUGGAGCCCCUGGAUGAGGGCCCCUUCAGCACGGUAAUCACAGAGGAGCCGGUUGAGUGGGCUCAUCCCGCUACCUCGGAGCAGGGCCUCUCUUCCAGCCUAAUUGGGAGUGCCCCCGAAAACCCUGUCAGCUGGCCCGUGGGGUCAGAACUUAUGCUUAAGUCUCCACAGAGAUUCCCAGAGUCCCCAAAACAUUUCUGCCCUGCCGAUUCCCUCCACCCAGCUGCCCCUGGGCCCUUCAGCACCACAGAGCCCCCUUACCCGGUCUCCCCUGUCCCAUACCCUCUGUCGGUCCCUGAGCCAGGACUUAAGGAAGUCAAAGAUGCCUCUGCAGAAGCAAUCCCAGCAGCCAUCUCCACUGCAGAAGAACCAGCCCCUUUCGUCCCUUCCUCCAGGCUUGAGUCCUUCUUUAGUAACUGCAAGUCACUUCCUGAAGCACCCCCUGAUGUGACCCCAGAGCCUGUGUGUAUGACCACUGUGGCUCAGGUGGAGGCUCUGGGAUCUCUGGAAAAUACCUUCUUGGAAAAUGGCCACAGUCUCUCUGCACUUGGCCAGGUGGAGCCGGUGUCCUGGCCCGAUGCCUUCCCCAACUCUGAGGACGACCUGGACCUGGGGCCCUUCUCACUGCCAGAGCUUCCUCUGCAAACUAAAGAUGUUUCAGAUGUCGAAACAGAACCUGUAGAAGAGAGUCCUCUUGUUCCUCCAGAAAGUACCCCUGCAGGGGCCCCUGUGGUCCUUAACGGUGGGGAUGUGGCUGCAUCAGCUGCAGAGGAACAGCUAGUGCUGUCUCCUGAUCAGGCAGCUACCCGGCUCCCUGCUGAGCCCGAGCCCUCGCCUUCGCCUGAGCCCUUGCCUUCAGAAGGGCCAAAGCCAGACAUGAUUCUGGAAACCAUGGUGGAAGCAGAGGCUGUGUCAGAGGGGAGGGCCCCUGAGGCCUCUGACUCCAGCUUGGGGCUCACACCAGCCCCCCUAGAGCAGCGUCCACCAGGUAGUGGAGAUGAGGAAGAGGGCCUAGAUCCCUUGGCAUCAUCCCACAGCACACCUGAGCUCCCUGGGGAUGACCCUGCACAGGCACAGGUUGUGAAUGGGGCUGGCCCUCAUGACAGUGCUGGGCUUGAGGGGCCUCCAGGAAGCGCCCAGCCUGAAACCACAGAACCAGAACACAGACCCACAGCUGAAAUCCCGAAGGCCCCCAAAGUGGAGGAGAUCCCACAGCGCAUGACCAGGAACCGGGCUCAGAUGCUGGCCAACCAGAACAAGCAGAGUUCACCUACUUCUGAGAAGGAACCUGCCCCUGCCCCUACCCCCAGAGCAAAGGGUCGAGGCUCUGAGGAGGACGACCCCCAGGCCCAGCACCCGCGCAAACGCCGCUUCCAGCGCUCCAGCCAGCAGCUGCAGCAGCAGAUGAACACAUCCACACAACAGACACGGGAGGUGAUCCAGCAGACGUUGGCUGCCAUCGUCGAUGCCAUAAAGCUGGAUGAUAUUGAGCCCUACCACAGUGACAGAUCCAACCCGUACUUUGAAUACUUGCAGAUCAGGAAGAAGAUCGAGGAGAAGCGAAAGAUCCUCUGCUACAUCACCCCGCAGGCACCCCAGUGCUAUGCUGAGUACGUCACCUAUACGGGCUCCUACCUCCUAGAUGGCAAACCGCUCAGCAAGCUGCACAUCCCUGUGAUUGCUCCCCCUCCCUCCUUGGCGGAGCCCCUGAAGGAGCUAUUCAAGCAGCAGGAGGCUGUGAGGGGGAAGCUGCGCCUGCAGCACAGCAUUGAGCGGGAAAAGCUUAUCGUCUCCUGUGAACAGGAGAUCCUGCGCGUUCACUGUCGGGCGGCAAGGACCAUCGCGAACCAGGCGGUGCCAUUCAGUGCCUGCACCAUGCUGCUGGACUCUGAGGUCUACAACAUGCCUCUGGAAAGUCAGGGUGACGAGAACAAGUCUGUGCGAGAUCGGUUCAACGCCCGCCAGUUCAUCUCCUGGCUCCAGGAUGUAGAUGACAAGUAUGACCGCAUGAAGACGUGUCUCCUGAUGCGGCAGCAACAUGAGGCUGCGGCCCUCAAUGCUGUGCAGAGGAUGGAGUGGCAGCUGAAGGUCCAGGAGCUGGACCCUGCCGGGCACAAGUCCCUGUGUGUGAAUGAGGUGCCCUCCUUCUACGUUCCCAUGGUAGAUGUCAACGAUGACUUCGUGCUUCUGCCAGCCUGAUGCACCAUAGGACAGCUGCACAGGACACAAGCAAGGGCCACAUGGGUCAGCCCAGCACUGCUGCCGAGUCCAGGUGGCGGAAGGAGACCUUGUCCCUCAGGUGGGAACACCCAGGGAAAACCCUGCAUUUUGCCCCUGGAGCACGUCUCUUUUAUACCAGCUGCCGAGGGAGGACAAGGAGACCUCGGGGACACGGACUUGGCGGCCUUGGGGUCUGUUUUCCAGCCAGCUGCACGGGCAUUUCAGGAGCUGUAGAACGGAUUGCGUUUUUAAAAAUUUCUUGUUCCAUUCUGAUCAACUAAAGGAAAUAAAAUUAAGGCGUCCACUCCUCACAAACAGUGAUCUUCAGGUCAGAGGGCAGGGAGAGUGCCAUCCUUGCUGCUGUCCUGUUGCCAUGGAGCUGCUGACAGCCACAGGCCUCGGAUUGGGGCUGGGACGCUGUGCUGUGCGAGGGCCAGCUGCGCCGCCCACCUGCCCGCCACAGAGGGACACAGAGCCAGGACUCUCCGGUUGUGUUUUUAAUGGAGUCAAAUCCACGUGGUUUGUAUAUUUUUUCCUUUAAUCUUGGGCAUUUUGUUUCUCUUUCUGAGAACAUAACUUGAAACACUACAGAGCCAAUAAUCAUAUAAAAAGUGUACCCGUAAACGCUGUACAGUUUUAUACACAUUCACAAUGUACUUUUUGCUGCCUUCUAGAUAAUUUAUUUUGCAACACAUUACUGCACAGUUGUAAAUAACUUAUGUACUGUAACAUCACUUCAGUUAUGUGUAAAGAAAUAAAUAAAUUAAUUAAAUGCUCUUUGUACAUGACAGUCCCCUCCCUGGGAGGGGCCAAUGUACUGGACUGUGAGAUGAG